AAAUGCCACAUUAAACCGAGAAUAGAGCCGGAAAAUGUUCAAAUGGGAUCCGUGCGGGCUCGUUUGUGUGUGCAUGAUCUAUCUACUGAUUGCAUAUGCGGAUUAUGUGAUUCUUAUUUGGCUUUUGCUGCCAACUUUCGGGCACUCAAUUUGGACAGUUUUCCACGGAGCCGUCUUCAAUUGCCUGCUGGCAACGACGAUUGUAGCUCACACACGAGCAAUGUUGUCCGACCCGGGAACUGUGCCGAUUUCCUCGUCAAAAGGCCAAAACACUCCGAAUCCGGUAUUUUCAUCAGAUGAGGAAGAUGAAUCCGAUGAAGAAGCCGUUUUUCGUCACGAUCACCUGAAUCGUUCAUCUGCAACUGAGUGGACAAUGUGUACACGUUGUGAUUCUCUAAGGCCACCGAGAGCUCAUCAUUGCAGAGUUUGCAAGCGUUGUGUCAGGAAAAUGGACCAUCAUUGCCCCUGGGUGAACAAUUGCGUCGGCGAAUACAAUCAAAAAUGGUUUCUCCAAUUCAUUUUCUACGUGGGAGCCUCAAGUGCAUACUCUUUACUAGUCCUAUGCCUCUGCUGGGUAUGGCACGAUGCUUACGGUAUGACGGGUAUCAAAGGACCGCUCGGAGAGAAUUUAUAUCACGCAAAAGUAAUCCACUCAAUUAUGCUUGCAAUGGAGAGCGCUCUGUUCGGGCUGUUUGUACUUGCUGUUUCCUGUGAUCAGCUCGGCGCAAUUUUCACCGAUGAGACAGCAAUUGAAUCGGUUCAACGACGCGGUCGAAAUUAUUUGGCUUCUUCGAGAAGGCCGCGAAAUAGCAAAGUUGCAAUGAUGAAACAAGUUUGCGGACCGGGUCCCAAGCUCCUAUGGCUUAUUCCGUGUGCAAAUCCACAAAAAUCGACGCCUCGAUACCUCCGAACACACAAUCAAUUGGCUCAUUUUGACGUGUAGCUGGACUUCUACUACAACUAUUUUUUGGCACAAAAUGCUCCAAUUUCCAACGAAAAAUCUCAAUUUUACUGCUCAAAAUUCACCAAUUUUCUCUCCUCCCCCCCC